AGUUAAAACAAAAUGAACACUACCACCGAAAACGUUCAAUUAGCUAAAGUAACCGAAGUUCUCUGCAGAACUGGUUCACGUGGUGCCGUCACCCAAGUCCGUGUUGAAUUCUUAGGUACCGAAAAAGGUAAAGAAAGAACUUUAUUAAGAAACGUUAAAGGUCCAGUCAGAAAAGACGAUAUCUUAUGUCUCCUCGAAACUGAACGUGAAGCCCGUAGACUCCGUUAAAUUGUUUUGUUAUUUCAACUUUAUAUAAAUAAUAAAUAAAUACGUUGUUUAAAAAAAAAAAAAAAAUAAUUAAAUAGAAUUUUUUU